UGUCACGGGUGGGGCUAAUAGGAAAUAAUUAGGAGUCCAGUCCACGUGGUAGAGAACAGAAAAGGCUUGAGGAAUGAGUAAAAAGAAAGAGAAGAAGCAGAAGGCGGAAGAAGCCAACGAAGAGGAGUUGAAGCCAGGUGCCAUAUACCUCAGCCACAUACCUCACGGGUUCUACGAGAGAGAAAUGAAAAGUUAUUUUACUCAGUUUGGUGAAGUUACCAAUCUGAAACUGAUUAGGAGCAAAAGAACUGGUCGCUCAAGAGGUUUUGCUUUCAUUGAAUUCGCUACUUCCGUUGCUGCAAAGGAAGCAGCUGAGGCUCAUAACAAUUACCUCUUGUUUGAGAAAGUAAUGAAAUGCCGUUACAUUGAUCCAGCUACACUCAAGCCCAACACAUUUAGACAGUUUACGUUAAAGAAAAGAGUCAAACCAGUAAAAAAG